CAUUUUAUGUAAAAAAUUUCUCUUUUGUUCUUAAAAAUUUCUAAAAUAUCAAAAAACAAUUUCAAAAAGAAGAAUCCAAAACAAAAUGUAAAAAUUUGCUUACCAUAUUCCCUUUUCUCUUCUUUCUUUCUCUUUUUUAUUUUUAUCUUUUGUUAUUUAUCACCCUUUUAAUAAGGCUUCCAAACCAAACAGGGUCUUAGACAAAUGAAGCGGCCGUUGAGCAGAAAGUGCCUCUCCCUCUUAACGAAUUUACAUCCUUCCUGUCAAAAUAAACGGUCAAAUUAUCAUAGCAAAGCCCAUUGCGUUGAAAAGCUUCGUAAUUGCAACCAUUUCAUUUCUGCAACCUCAACGCACUGCUAUAUAUUGAAAUCGGGGCUUUUGCAUGACACUUUCACCACCAAUCAUCUCAUAAAUUGCUACGUAAGACUCCGAAGAACCAGCUAUGCGCAGCAACUAUUCGAUGAAAUGCCUGAAUCCAAUGUGGUCUCAUGGACUUCGCUCAUGGCUGGCUACGUUGAUACGGGUCAACCCAAAUUUGCUAUUUGGUUAUUUAGAAAAAUGCCUGAGAGUUCAGUCUCUCCAAAUGAUUUCACUUUUGCAACAGUGAUUAAUGCGUCUUCAAUGCUUGCAGACCUUGAAACUGGAAAGAAAAUCCAUACCCAUAUUGAGAUUUUGGGGUUUCAAGGCAAUCUUGUGGUAUGCUCUUCAUUGGUUGAUAUGUAUGGGAAAUGCAAUGAUGUUGAUGGAGCCAGGCGGGUCUUUGAUUUGAUGGAUUAUAGGAAUGUUGUUUCUUGGACUUCAAUGAUCGCAGCAUAUGCACAGAAUGCAAGAGGACACGAAGCACUUCAAGUUUUUAAAGAAUUCAGUUGCUCGAUGCAGGAAAGUCCUAACCAUUUUAUGUUGGCGAGUGUGAUCAAUGCUUGUGCAAGCUUGGGGAAGCUAGUUUCAGGGAAAAUUACACAUGGGGCAGUGAUUCGUAGAGGUCAUGAAUUAAACGAUGUGGUUGCAAGCGCACUUGUGGACAUGUACGCUAAAUGUGGAAGUUUUAGUUACUCGGACAAGGUUUUUAGGAGAAUUCAAGAUCCUUCUGUCAUUUCAUAUACAUCAAUGAUUGUGGGUGCAGCAAAGUAUGGACUUGGAAAGCUCUCCCUACAGCUCUUUCAAGAGAUGAUUGAUAGAAGAAUAAAACCAACUGAUGUCACUUUUCUCGGGGUUUUGCAUGCAUGUAGCCACUCGGGACUUGUUGAUGACGGGCUAGAACACCUGAAUUCCAUGCACGAGAAACACGGACUAAUGCCUGAUACUAAACACUAUACUUGUGUUGUUGACAUGCUCAGUCGAGUAGGCCGUAUAGAUGAGGCUUACCAGUUAGCAAAAUCUAUUAGGGUGAACCCUGAUGAAGGGGCUCUCUUGUGGGGUACGCUUCUGUCAGCUAGUAGGCUUCAAGGACGAUUAGAUAUAGCUGUUGAAGCCAGUAAGUGGCUAAUUGAAUCUAAUCAGCAAGUAGCAGGCGCAUAUGUCACAUUAUCAAACACUUAUGCAUUGGCGGGGGAAUGGGAGAAUGCUCAUAGUCUUCGGUCUGAAAUGAAGCGAAUUGGAGUUCACAAGGAACCUGGGUGCAGCUGGGUUGAGAUUAGGGAUUCAACUUAUGUGUUCUAUGCUGGCGAUGUAUCAUUUGAAAGUGGGAACGAAGUCCUUUGUUUGCUCAAGGAGAUGGAGAGGAGAAUGAAGGAAAGGGGUUAUGUGGGGGGAAGCACGGGAUUGGUGUUUGUUGACGUGGAACAAGAGGUGAAGGAGGAAAUAGUGGGUCUGCACAGUGAGAGAUUGGCUUUGGCCUUUGGGUUGAUAACCAUACCUAAAGGAAUCACAAUUAGAGUGAUGAAGAACUUGAGAAUGUGCAAGGACUGCCAUGAGGCUUUCAAGCUGAUCAGUGAGAUUGUAGAGAGAGAUUUUGUUGUGAGAGAUACUAAUAGAUUUCAUUAUUUUAUGGAUGGAUCUUGCUCUUGCAGGGAUUUUUGGUAAAAGUUCAUUUAAAUUACUUGCAGUAUGCACCGUUGGAAA